AUGACGAAGGACAAACUUUCCCUUGGUGGUCAAAGCAGUCUAUCUUCAGCUUCUUCGUUUCCGUAUUCGUCUUCGAGCACCUUCGUUCUUCGGCUACGGGAAGAAGAAGCAAACCACGGAUUCGAUAUGCAAUUUAGCGACAUUAUUGACGAAGACAUCCGCAAUAAAGUUAUAACAUUACUCCCAUUUUAUCCAUCUUAUCCUCUUCUUUAUCUCGUUUAUGUACUCGUUAGGAGUGAUCGUAUGUUGAAUAAAGCUCAAGACUUUCUCGAAAAUACAGACCGAGACCGGGCUCAAUACCUACCGAUUGCUUUUAUGACAGAUCUUGAGGAUAUCAAGGACGCUGAAAUGCGCGACAAAGUCGAAAAAAUUAGGACAAUUAUUUCAUUCGUAACUGUCUGGUGGGCUUAUUAUGCCUUGAAAGUUUGUGAUGGGAGUUUGAAUUGUGCUACUAUGCUAUUACUUGAGAACAUCAUCGAUACCUCCAAGGACCCUGUGACGCAGGUAGCUUCAAACACCACUACUCCUGUCAGCUCACCAAUGAGUUCUAGGAGCAGUGUUAACGUGCUUUUGGGACGGCUGAUGGAUUCGCAGUCAGAUUCAGAUCACCUGGUGUCCGAUCGUACGACACCUAGUCCGAAUAGUGGCAAUUCGUCGUUUCAGAAUAAGCCGUCCUCUCCUGAGGUAUUAUCCCAGACACCAGACUGUCCAUUCAUCAAUAUAAGCGAUGAUGAGGAAGGCUCUACAGAAGAAACUGCUACUAUGAGUUCCAGCCCUGUUUCAAAUCGACGAGUGGUAUCUAUCGACAAGGGCAAAGGCGUGGACAGGUCGGACCCUGAGGAUUACAACUCCGACAUUGAUAUGAGCGGAGUUCCACCCUUCAAGGAAAAGUUCCAAGCAAAGAAAAGAUAUGAGAAACAAACUAGCAACUGCAAGUUCUGUGGCAAAGAACUAGGAAACUGGUUAGAGCAAGCCGGCCACGAAAAGUCAUGCCGUGUGAAGGCAAGACAAGUUUGUGUGAAGUAUUUCGAAUCGGAAGACUCUCCUACACAAGAGCAGUUGCAAAAAGUAAAAAGAAUGCAACAACUCCUUCCUCAUCUUUCGGUUAAUCAGUGUAUCGAAUCCUUAGGGUUGUGCGAUGAUAAUGUCGAGGAUGCCAUAGGGUUGGAAAUGGAGGCAUCGGCAUCGGGUGAAGAAGAAGAUGACCGAGGUACUUGCAGCCAACAAAUUAGUCCGACGAAGAGAAAAAUGGGAAAUCUAUUGGAGGAGCGUGUCACCAAAAGGUCUCGUAUUCAGGUCAAUGACAAAGAAGCAAGUUUAGAGCCUGCAACCCAAUGGAUUAAGUACGAGCCACCUUUUAUUGGUUAA